AUGUCAUGGUGGCUGCCAUUCGUUCUCCUCCACGGGCUUCUGGAAAGCUCUGCAAAUGCGCGUUCCGUCAACCGCACCGUUGAUGACACAUUCGGGGACAGCGUAACGGGCGUCAAGCCGGUAUACUCUCCCGCCAACCAUUGGAACGUAGGCACCCAAUGCACCGUAUGCAACAUCACCCCCAAGAACGUCGAUGUCAAUCAGAUGCUCGAUGGCUCCUGGCACAGCACAACAUAUCGACCGGGGAGCCCAGCGGUGGAAGCUACCAUAACGUUCACGGGCACCGCGGUGUACGUUUACUUUAUCGUCCCGAAUACCAUUCCGGCCACGACCACGGUCAUGAACACAACCUUUUCCUCGACGCCGCUACGGAGCCUGAUGGAACUUUUUUCCAUACCCAGACGGCACGUCGAACGUCGCGUACAAGCAGCUUGUGUACAGCAACUCGUCGCUGUCGAACGCACGCACAGCAUCACAAUGCACGCGUCUGGCUCCAGCCAGUCGCUCAUCCUGUUCGACUACCUCACCUACACUGCCCAAGUGGCCGACGACGACGCGGCAAGCACCACAUCCUCAGACUCAUCGACGCAGACAUCAACCGCUCCGAACGCCUCCUCUCCACGCCCUUAG